AAUCAAGGACUUUCAUCUUUCUUUCUCCAGCCUCUUAUUGGGUUGGCCACAGGCCUCCUGGGACGCCCAAGCAUGGUUUAUAUUUCCUAAUAAGUUUUAGAUUGCCUCUGGUCCCAUUACUACUGUGUCUCUCCCGUUAUACCAUACACUAUUGACUCGACUCUCAGCUGCGCUAAAUUCUCUGCGGAACAUCUGUUCUGUGGAAGUCAGCCUUCGUAAAGCACAAUGAAGUGUUUCCUGGGCUUCUGCCUUUCCUGUAGCCUUUUUAUAUCAUGGUGUCAGGCACAAUGCUACAUUGUAGCCACGAAAGGAACAUCAGAGGCAGUGAGAAAAAUUAGGAGGAAGAAUCCAAUCCUUGGAACUUGGACUGAAUGGCAUAGAGAGUGCAAGGCUCUGGAUGGAGUUAUGCAUCCCUUCAGAUCUGAAUGGAUAACUAAGAAUUGUUACAAGUGUCAGUGUAAUGAGGACAGAAUUCAGUGCUGCAACGUAGCUGUUAAACCAAUAGAUAUUGAUGAAGAGAAUUGCUUGAUCUUUCUGAACAGGGCAACCUGCACAUAUGAAAUCUGGAACAAAGAAGACCCUACCAAAUCCGUCUGGCCCAUACUUGGGUUGGGUAGCCUCAACCCUUCUUAGUGCUGCUGCCAAGUUUGUAGCUUCCCAUAAGCAGAUGCCAACCAGUGCUCCUCUUCUUGGAAUGAAGUUUGAAGAGUUUGAAGCCUUGCUACAUGUGAGCAAUACCUUGCUUUCCCUUUCUUGGGAGAUGUCGUCACCAUGGUGAUCAUGAUGCUUUGAACCUGCUGAGGAGUUCAGUGGUGAUCCCUGCUUCUCCUCUGGGAUUUUCAGAGUAGAUUGGGCAUCAGGGGCCACAAGAAGGUUGUUUUUCUUCCUCUUUGCCCCAAUUUCCUUGAGCUGGGGCUCUGGCUGGCCAUGAGUUCUCCUCUAGGCUGCCCAGGUACAGAUGAACCUCAAUCAAAAAUCCAUUCACAUACAGCCCAUUCAGACAUGUGCUGGAGGUAACAGCUUUUUUGAUCAUCUCUGAUAGAUCAUCUAAGUCAUCUCUGGGUCUCC